GUUAGGUCAGUGGUCAGGACGGCGUAGACGACGAUGUCAGCAUAGUUGCGAGAUAGUUAUAGACAGGUUAGAGUUUGCGUCACAGAGAGGGGUCGUGUAUGACUAUGGAAGGAUUAGGUUUUUGGCGGUUAUUUAAUCACAACUGAGAGUGUGCGAGCUGAGGACGAGAGAACUCGAGAGGAACUGGGACUACCUGAGUUAUUCACCCGGACCAACGUGCAUCGGCAGCAGAAGCAGUUGAAGAUGUUGGGGAUUGUAGCCUUAUUGAUUUCAUUUCUCUCGGGUCUACAUGCAUCCACUGCAAGCUACUCAGAGGACCAGUGCAGCUGGAGAGGAAGUGGGCUGUCUCAGCUGCAGGGCAGUGUGGAGCAGGUGUGGCUGCGCUGUGCGGAGGGCUCGGUGGAGUGGCUGUACCCGGCCGGGGCGCUCCGGCUCACGCUGUCUCCGCGGCUGCCCUGGGGGUUGGCGGGCGGCGGCGCGGGCGGCGUGCUCUCCGUGUGCGUGAAGCCCGCCGAGCAGUUCGGGGGCGCGCAGCUCUACCUGGAGCGCAGCGGCGUGCUGGAGCUGCUCCUGGGCGAGGACGAGGCCGAGGUCAACGCCUCUCCCAGGGUGCACUGCUUCAGCGCCACGCCGGGCGAGCGGCCGGCCCUCUUCCUGCAGGCCACCCCGCACCAGGACAUCAGCCGGCGGGUGGCCGCCUUCCGCUACGAGCUGCGCGGGGAUUGGCCCCCGGGGAUGUCCGCCGACUCCGACCCAGUCAGCAGUGAAGAUGCAUGCAGACCCUGCAACAACACCGAAAUCCUCAUGGCUGUGUGUACGAGUGACUUCGUGGUGCGCGGGAACAUCCGGGCAGUUGAGCCUGACACAAUCCUCGGAGCCGCCGUCAUCAAGGUGGUGGCCACGCGCGUGUUCCGUCAGAAGUCCGCCCUGUUCACCGGCGGUCGCCUGACGCGAUCCGGAGAGUUCCGCACGCCGCUGCAGUGUGGCGUCCGGCCCGGGCCCGGCAGCUUCCUGUUCACCGGCCACGCCCACUUCGGCCAGGCAUGGCUGGGCUGCGCGCCGCGCUACAAGGACUUCCAGCGGGCGUACAACCAGGCCAGGCUGGCCCAGGAGAUGCCCUGCGAACUGGACGCUGUGUGAGGGGGCCUGGCCACCAGCACCUCAGCAGACCACUGAGGGAGCCAGAGAAGCAAACAAACCCCUGGCCUAGCGUGUGCGUGCCAGGAAUGCAGAGCUCUACUGGGAAGACCAAUUUUGGGAGAGCUUUUUCCCUGUGCAAUACUAGCUGCUCAAACGAAGGGGGCGCUACAGAGCUCAGCCCGGACACUGCGUUCACUUGAACUAGUGAGAAGAGUGAUUAGAGUGUGAUGGAAUGGUUAACUGUUUGGAGUGAGUGUCUAGAAUGGUUGAUUAAUGGAGUGAGUGAAUUAUGGCCCAGCAGAGCCAACUGACGGGCUCUACUGACAGGACUCAACUCAGGACACUGUCACAGACACACAGGCUCACUGCAGUCAGGACUACAGACAGGUGCAGUCUGACACAUGGCUGUCUGUUCUCCAGCAUAGUCUGUGUUUCACACUGUCUGUUCUACAACAUAGUCUGUGUUUCACUCUCCAAAUGUUAUUUAUACUGUAGGUGAGAGAAGUCCAGAAUCCAUAAGUGCUGCAUGUCCAGCCUGAUAGAGAGAUUGAAGUACCUGAGAUUAGCGAGAGUUUAACCUCCUGUUUUCAUUUUCGGGGGAAAAUUGACAUUUGCACUGCUCAUGAGACUGAAGGGAUAUAUCUGGAGAAUUUGGAAGCUGCAAGCACUGUAUAAAACCAAAUGAAAAAAGUCAGAUUAUAUGUAGCAAAGAGCCAAGAGAACUGGAUAUAUUAUGAACUAUAGAAAUGGCUCUUAAUAGACGGCACCGGGCUUUUGAUCUAAGAAGAGCCAGAGCAACUCGGUGUAAACAACUUCAUGUAAGCUUCGGGUUAGCAUCCACUAAUUUUAGCGUCACGCUAGCAGAGGAGCUGCCGAUACUGACUGAUGCAGGCGAGGCAGAACAGAGCUCAGAGCACUUUAAGUCUGCCUGAAGGGUCUGCUGCUCUCUUCAGAGAUAAAUGAUCUUCACACAGGGCCGUCUGACUGUCUGCAGGACCCCUGUAUAAUUCAACGAUUUCUGUCUGCUACUGCUAGUCAGGCCGGGCUAAACUUGUGUCCAUUUUGUCAUUUGUUACUAUGCUGCAUGUACAUUUCUGCUCUGUCUCUCCAGAACUGUGAUGUUUUUUUGGGUUUUUUUUACAUCUUAUUUUAUUUAUUUUCACGACAAAUUGACAGGCCUUGAGGACUGGGCUGCAUCCAGAAUAUCUCACUUGUGCUGUAAUAUAGAUUAUUGUUUCAAGAGAUGUGUCCUUCCUCUGUUUAUUGUGCACUAAAGGCCUGGAGCGGAUGAAACCAAAUUGCCCCCGGGGGGAUGAGGGUGGGGGUGCUCUGAAUUAUUGCUAUUGUUCCGGGAGGGGUUGUUCCUAAUUAAUACCAAUGUGACAUGUAAAAUUAUUUUAAAGGGUAACUAUUGUUUUGUAAAUGUGGGUAAAAUGUAAAUAAGAACAUAUAGGAACUUAUGAAAAUCUCUGUCUUUGUCAGUAUUGUUUUUAUGUAAGUGUUGUGUUGAGUGUAAAUGUUGUUUGUGGAGUGUUUUAUAAAGACUUUUUGAAAGAUAAAAACAAA